AUGCGUUCCGCUACCUUGGUCUACCUUUCGCUGCUCUUCACAUCCACACACGCCUUCUUUCCCUGGCCUAGUCCGGAGUGUCUCGAAAAGGGUGACUGCGUCUUGCCAACUAAGAGGCAGUUGAAGGGUCAAGAUGAGCUCAGGUCUGAUGUUGUAGAUGCCGUCAAGGCUAUCAACCUCCCCGCCUCCCAGCUCGGCCCUCAAGCCACACAUGAUUUCUCGACCAAAGAUGCUGAAUCCGAACGCGUUGUCCGCGAAGUUGAACGCCUCACCCGCAAAUAUGCGAGGUUUCAAUCCGCUGCCGUCCGUGAGAAGGCGUUGAGGUCCAAGAGAGAGAGCCAGUACCGUAUCGUCAAGGCUGCCGAUACCAAGCUCAAGAACGCGGUCGGUGUGGCCCAAGAUGGCACCGACUUCUCCUACUUUGCCCAGGUCAAGCUUGGUAACAACAAGAAGCCUAUGUGGAUGCUCAUGGAUACUGGAGCCGGUACCAGUUGGGUCAUGGGUUCAUCUUGCAAAUCAGCAGCGUGUGAAAAGCACGGCUCGUUUGGCCCUCCCGACUCUGCAACGUACAAGGCCACCGGCGAAACCUUUUCCGUCGCCUACGGAUCUGGCUCUGUAAAGGGCGACAAGGUCACCGAUACCUUAUCCUUUGCUGGUAUGAAUUUUAACUUCCAGUUUGGUGUUGCCAAUGAGACCUCGGACGACUUCAACCACUUCCCCUUUGACGGCAUCCUCGGGCUUUCAAUGGCAGGCGGCGAGACGGAAAACUUUAUGCAAGUUGUCAAGAACUCCACGCAGCUUCCCGCCAACAUCUUCUGCGUGUAUCUGAGCAGGGCAGCAGACGGACCCAACACGAGCGAAAUCAGUUUCGGUGUAUGCAACCCUGAUAAGUACACUGGCGAUAUCACCUACACCGCAGUUGGGAACGCACUUGGUGAUUGGGCGGUUCCUCUGGACGGCAUUGCCUAUGAUGGCCUAAAAUCUGGCGCGGCAGGUAAGCUUGCUUACAUUGACACCGGUACCUCGUAUGUUUUCGGUCCCAAGGACGAUGUUGCCGCAUUCCACAAGAACAUCCCCGGAUCUACUGCGGACGAGGCCGGCACAACCUACAAGGUGCCGUGCGACAGCAACAAAGAUGUCACGUACACUUUCUCCAACAUCAGCUAUGUUAUUUCCGCCAAGGAUUGGAGAGGCGUCCCCGGCACCGAUGGUACCUGCACAAGCAACAUCUACGGCCACGAGGUCGUGACGGGAGCCUGGCUCCUGGGCGAUGUCUUUCUCAAGAAUGUCUACGCCGUCUUUGAUACGGAUCAGAAGCGUAUUGGAUUCGCCAAGAGAGUCGACCCGCCGCCAGUGACGACCACGUCCAGCAGCGACACUUCGGCCACGCCACCAGUGGUCGGUAACUCUGACAACGCCAACAUUGGAACCCCUGUGCAGACGUCCAAACCCGGACUCGGAUUGGGCGGUCAUGAGACUACUGCGUCGGCAACUGCCGCUGCGCAGACUUCACCGGUAUCCCACUCCGGUGCGGCAUCGUCUGCCUCUCUCACUGUGGUCAAGGCAGCCACUGUUGCGACGUUUUGCCUUGUUGCCUUGUUGGGAUUCCACUGA